AUGGAAGAGACAGAUAACUGCCAAACAAUAAUACGCAGAGAACUCCCUGAAGCUCCCGGAGAAUGUACCAGGGAAGGCCAGUGGCUGAUGCUAUGUAGAUCUAAAGCAGCGGAUGAUGGCUUGACAGGAUCCAUAUUGGAGACAGCGUCAUACUCUUCAAAACGCCUUGAUCUCCUGCACAUAUCACCCAUCCAUUUCAAACUUUUAUAUGAGAGUGACGAGUUAGCUCAAGUACAAAUAUCUUCUACUUGCUCUAACUUGGUCCCAUCCAUGUUAAUUUUCUCAGCAGAUCUGCUGGCCAUUAAUUUGGUUUUGUUAAUGAGUCUCACUGGGUCUGAUUUAGCUCAAUGGGUGUCACUGAGUCAGAGAGAAGAUAAAUCAAUUUCAAAUGUGGCAUAUAAGGGUAGAAAUCCAAAGGGUAGAAAAUGGAAUGGAGUUGUUGGAGAGAUAAGUGUAGAUUUGAUGACACAACAACGGUUUUCACAUUAUAGAUGCAACCCGCAACACUCAAGAGAAGCACUAGUUGCCGAACGUUUUCGUGCUAGGCGCGACGAUCAAGAAAAGCCGACGGGGAUGGGAUGA